GCACGCCAGUUGGCUUAGUACGUCGCGGGUUGUCUAUGUGGACGUUUGGUGGCUAGCGAGCGGAUCUAAGUCUCCCAAGGGCAACUAGAACUGUGACAGAAGAAAGUCGACAAUGAAGGCAGACGUGUGUACGUUCGCAUUUGUUACCAUUCUGGCUACAGCCCAAGUGCUAGGUGACUUACCGUACGAGGACCCCUGCAAGCUGACCAAUGUAAAGACUACGCCCCACGUGACGCACUGUGACAGGUACUAUGCCUGUUACCACGGACAACCCCUCGAGUUCGACUGCCCCAAUGGCCUAGUGUACGUCGGCAAGGGGCAGAAGGGCCCUUUCGACGGUGUCUGUGAUUACGACUUCAACGUGGACUGCACGGGCAGGGAGAAAAGGAACGCACCGAUAUCGACCGAGCACUGUGACUGGCUGUACGGCAUCUUCGGCCACGAAACCUCAUGCACGCGCUACUGGACGUGCUGGAACGGGACGGCCACAGAGCAACUGUGCAUCGGCGGGCUGCUCUACAACGAGAACACGCACUCCUGUGACUGGCCCGACAACGUGGAGGGUUGCCAGAAGCACCCCCUGUGUAAUGCUGAUGCCAAUGGCAACGUGCCCCUGGGAAAAUCUUGCAACCGUUACUGGCAGUGUCAGGGAGGAUACCCUCGACUGCAGCGCUGCCCUGCCAUGUUGGUGUUUGAUCGCAGAUCACUGAGGUGUGUUGUUCCGCCCACUGAGGACUGUGAAGUGCCAACGACACAGCCGCCCCUCCCAGAUGAGUUGGAGCAGGAUGGGGAACAGAACAUCCCUAAUGCAGCCCCCAGACCCAACCUGCCCCCUGGGGCUCUGCCCCUUCCUGUCAGGAACAGGCCCAGGAACUAACAUUGACUUCAGCAAACUGAAAUGUAUUUACUUUUCCUCUUGUUUGCAGUGGAGUAUUAACAGAGUGUGUAAAGAUUGAGUCCAAAGUAAAUAUGGCCACAAACAAUGCCCAGAGAAUUUUAAACAUGACUCUCAGUAUUUAUAAUUCACUGUGUCACUACAAACAUUAAUGAAAUCACUACAAUGUCUAUAAGUCUGAUUUGUGAUGUAACUCAUCAUAUAUGCCUGCAGUGUAGUUAUGUAAUUACAGUGAAUGGAGUCCUGAUUGGGCUUGAACCUAAUAUAUAUUUGAUGAUGACAGUUUUCACAAGUUAUAUCCAGAUUUGAGGCUCUCAUGGCAACAGAUUCAAAGACUGUUUGUUCAAGUGGAGAAAUUUUGAUUCAUUGUCAGAAAAACUGGAAUGUUUCUGGUUUAAUUUUAAAAAGAACUGAUUAUUACACUUGUCAUUUAUAUUAGGUUUAAAAAGAGGCUUUUAUGAAAUUUAAAAUACACUCAAACAUGGCUGUGGACUAGUUUCAAAACGAGGUUUCAUAAUUUAUCAUAUUUUAUUCAAAGUUUGUAUCAACAUUAACCAUGACUUUUAGGAGAGAAUUGGGAAAUUGUGGAAAUUGUCAUGUAUUAUUAGGUUAGAAGGCCAUCUUCAUUCACUAUCAUCAAGUUCAAAAUUAAAAAAGUUCAUUCUCUUUCUUAAUAAGAUAUGCUUUUACAGAAACUGCAAAUAAUAUUACACUUACAGUCUUGCUACAAGCUGUAAUUAACACAUACAAAACUUACAUGGGGGGAUACAAAUCUCUGAUUUAGCAGGUUGCAAUGAACCAGGUAGAGAAUAACAGAGAAUUUUUAUUUAAGAUGUCAAGCUACUCUCGACUGUAACACAAGGAACUGCUAGAUAUUCUAAUUCACUGAAUCCCACUCAUUUUCUAGCUCCCAGUAGUUGAACUGCUGUUUGUAGACAAUCAUUCGUGUAGUUCUUACUCACAUGAAUGUUGUUUUUAAUUACAAAUACAAAUAAUUAUCAUGAUUUUUAUUAUUUCAAAUACAUAAAGACUGACAAUUUUUAUAAUGAGUAAUAAAAAUGGAUAAUAUCACAAGAAAAUGUUAAAUGCUGUGUUUUCUCUGAGCUUCAAGUGGUAUUACUUAGAAGAUAAUUAGAACAUUGUUCUGUUGUCAUCAUUCAUUUUAUACUGUAAUCUUCCUUACGUGAACCCUAUGAUAUUCAUUUAACUGUACAUAUCUAUUUUUAUAUUUAGUCCAUGUCAUAUAGAUUCCUUGUGUCUAAAAAUAGUCCUUGGACUUCAGAUAAUAUGUUGAUAAUAAAAUUGUAUUAUUCCUUAAAAUAUUUGUUCAAAUAAAUCACAUAUUCCAAACCUA